ACCGCCAGUCACCACCGCUUUCAAGUCUUCAAUUCUCAAAAGAGGGCAAAAGCUAGGGUUUUUUACCAAAUUCCUUCAAAAAUACAGAAGGGGGUUUCAAAUUUCAGUUUCUGAAUCGCGAGAAUCACACGAAGAAAGCGCAAUCGAAAUCGAAGAAUCUGAAAAAAAUGGAGGGAGGUGGAGAAGGAGUAGAGAUGGUGGUGGACUCCAAGGACUUGCAGCAGCAGAGCAAAGCCUUCGAUAAGCUCACCGACCGCGUCGAAGAUCGCCAGCUCAAUUCCACCCGCGUCCAGGAGGCCAUGGCUUCCAUCGCCGCCUCCUCCGAAGCCGAUAGGAAUGCUAUGCGAUUGAGGGAGAAGGAAUUGGCUGCUGUGAAGAUCAAUGCAGGCGAUGUAGACAUAAUCGCAAAUGAACUAGAGUUGGACAAGAAGGUAGCUGAGAGGACUUUGCGGGAGCACAAAGGUGAUGCCGUUGCUGCCAUUCGACACUUGCUUCGCUAGAAAUGAAUUCCCAAGUAUGAUUAGAAUUUGGGUUUCUUUUUUGCUUCAAAUUUUGCAUCUCCAACGCUAUCAGAUAUAUUCAGAUAUCGAAUGACAAUUACAUUGCUGUACUGUGAGUUGCGAGGAUAAAAUAAUCAGAAACAUGCACCUUAGUGACUCAUUUCACAUUUGGCAUCAGUUGAGCUAGAUUUAUUUC